GGAAGCAGCACUCUUCUUCUCCUCAUGGCAGACGCUAUGAGCCGUUCCUCUCUGAAAAUCUUCGGCUUCCAAGUUUUAGAAGACCAUGAAAGCGGACACUCAGAGCCUAACAGCGGGGUGUCUUCAGAAUCGAGGGGAAUUCCGGCCAGCGACGGCCGGAGAUAUGAAUGUCAGUACUGUUUCAGGGAGUUUGCCAACUCCCAGGCCUUGGGUGGCCAUCAAAAUGCUCACAAGAAAGAGAGGCAAGAGAUGAGGAGGGCUCAGCGUCUGGCCAACAGGACGCAUGGGAUCUCAGCAUCAGCUUUUCUGGGCCCUCAUGGUGCAAGGAUCAUCCCGAAUUAUGUCGAAGACAGGUACCUCGGCCUCCCCACAUUGAUCCCAGCCUCCGGCGCCACCCCCUUCGUCUAUACUGUGAAACCUUCGGGCUUUGCCGUCAGAUCUUCCGUCAGCUGCUACCCGGAUGCACCAGUGCAAAAGCUGCGGUUCUCCAACCCAGACGCGCCGGUGCCCAUGUCUUGCCAGCUACUGACGUCGCCGUCACCAUCUCCAUCAACACAAUCACGCAGCACUGCUUACACCCCUUGCGUAACACAACCAUCUGGUGAAUUCUCCGGCAACACGGCCGUGGCACCGUCACUUUCCAAGUUUUCCGGCAACUUCACUGACCAGGAUGUGGGGCUGGACCUACAUCUCGGCCUUGCACCCUUUGCACCAUGACUGAAAAGUGACAACCAUGGCUCAGAAACUUCACAAUUUAGCGCAUGUUUUGGUGCUUGGCUCACCUUAGCUCGAUCGGCUCAACCUGCUCGGCCAUAUAAUUGUCAUUUCUAGGGAGUGUUCUGUCAUGUGCGGUUGGGCUCAGUUUAAUCCUCAAGUGUAACUUUUGUGGUGGCUAAAUCCCCCAUGUAUGUUCUGUUGUCUGCACCUCCAUUAGACCUUCUUCUUAGCUCAUUCAAGAUGGUUGCAUGCAAAUUGCAACCUUCGUAAUUACGGAUUUCUUUUUCUUUCGAACGUUCUGUUAAACAGGCACUAAAUUUGUUGUAAGUUAGGUCUAUGCAUUUUUUUGGUGAAAAUUCUUCUUUUGGCCCUCCUG